AUGCAAAAAUACAAAGUCGGAGACCCCGCAGACGUGCUGCCCAUCAGCGUCCGCUUCUCCAUCUCCAUGCUGCCGUCCGAGCCCAUGCAGCCGCGCUGGGGGGACGAGCGCGUGGGGUACUUCAACACGGUGUUCAGCGAUCUCGGUGACCACCGUGCAACACGGGAGGGCCGGAAUACCGACCUCAUCGACACUGAGGUCAUCCUCAUCAACAAGCGGCGCAUGACCCCUCCCACCGCCGCCGCCGCCGCCGCCGCCGCCGCCGCCGCCGCCAGCGGCGGCGACGGAGACUCUCCCGCCGACGAGGCGGCGGCGGCCACCCCUGAACCUGCCGCCGAGAGCGGCGAGCCCCUGACGUACUACGUGGACCCUUCCGUCCCCCCGGAGUGGCGCGAGUACAUGCGGGCUGGGGUGGAGGCGUGGAGGCCGGCGUUUGAGGCCGCCGGGCUCGGAGGGGAGGCCAUCCGCGCGGUCCUGCCUGGCGACGAGGCGUGGCCGUCGGACUACGACCCGGGAGAUAUCAGGUUCAACUCCAUCACGUGGGCAGUCGAUGUGGACGAGGUGUUCGCACUGGGUCCUGCCACGAUCGAUCCCCGUACGGGGGAGAUCCUCCACAGCGGCAUCGUCUUCACCAACGGCUGGAUCAAGUCCUGGUCGGCGUCCUUCGAGAUCUACGGAGAUUCGCCGGACGACGAGCCCUCCGCAAGGCACAGAUCUCUGUUGAAUCGACCGCCGGAUUCGCACGCCCACUCGCACUCCCACGGGCACGCCCACCACGGGCAUCAUUCGCACCACUCCCACCCUCAUCAUCAUGCCGAAGGCGGCGGCGGAGGCGACAACGAGAGGGGGGAGGGGGGGGUGCUGGAGAAGCUCUUGCCGUCUUUGGGCGGGGGCGGGCGACGGCACGGCGGGAGCGGGAGCCUGCGGUACCACGGACGCGGGGAAUGCCAAGAGGCGCGUGUUACUGUGGUACUGCUGUAG